AUGUCCAAAACAAGCCCGCCGGCGCUCCCGGCGGUGCUGACCACCCCCGCAGGCGCGGCAGCCGUCCUGGCCACCGUCUUCCUUGCCGCCCGCACCCUCCCGCUGGUGUGGGCUCUCUCGGUGGCCCUUGGCGCCGCCCUCCCGCUCGUCGCCGCCCUCCACUUUGCUGCCCUCCCGCUCUACGCCGCCGACUACCGCCCGCUCACCGCGGCUCCCGGCCCUCUCCCGGGCGCCAGCCCAGAGGAAGACGCGCCGCUGCCGCCUUCGGGUGGCUCGCUGCCACCCUCGGUCGGCGCGCCGCCGACCGGCUCGCGGACAAAGGUCCGCAAGCGUGUGGCCCGGGCCACCGUCCAGCCACCGCCGCGGCUCCCGGUCUCCAUCCGCCAGCUUGCACAGGGCGCCAUCCCGCAGUAUGUCACGCCCAACACCCGCGAGCCCGUUGUCAUCGACAACGACUUUUUCUCUGGCCGCAUGAUCGUCAAGAUGAUCUCGGACCCGCCCGACCCGCACUACGCCCCGUACUUUGCCCUCGGCAAGCGCUCGUUCGAGAUCCAGAUCCAGGGCAAGUUUAAGGUUGUUCCGCAAGGCACUCUCUACAUGGGCGUUGAAUCCAUGAUCCGCGGCCUGCACUCGUCGUUUGGCACCCGCGACGACUCGGAGCUCCCACACAUUGUCUUCCCGCUCACCAUGUCGGUCGACCGCUACAUUGUCACUCCGCCCGGAGAGAGCCCGCCUGAUCUCUGCGUCAUGAUGCUUCCGGGCACAGACGACGAGAACGCCGCACGCCGCAAGAACGCCCGCAUCGACGACACCUUUACCACCACAGACACCUACACCCUUUCGUUCCACUCGGCAAACCUCGACCUUGUCCAGUGGAAGGCUGUCAAGAUCCCAGGCCUUUCAGACCUCGAGCUCACCUCGUUUGUCGCCGAUCAGCCGCUCCGCAUCGUCGCCUACACCAUGGGCCAUGGCGACUUUACCCACCGUCCGCACCUCACCGCCGACAAGACUUACCUCUUUGCCUUUGAGUUUGCACACACCGGCGGUGUCGUCGACUGGUCGCCACUACGCGCCUUUGAUGCUGCCGCGGCCGACCCCAACGCGCCCGACCACGAGUACGAGUACGCGUAUGACGACGAAGACGGCGACGAAGACUCGAGCGACUCGCCCCUCACUCCCGACGAGCCCGCCGGCCCGUCAGGCCCGGUCACCAUGGCUCCGCCACCGCUCCUCACUCCCACCAUGUCGCGUGGCAGCGGCGAGCGCCCGAUCCAGGCAGAAUCUCCCGAGCCCCCGCUCUCGGUCCCACCAGUCGCACCGCCGUCAACCGUCUUCUUUGAGCCCAUCCGCAUCCUCGACAUGUCGGUUCCCAUCUGGGCCGAGUGCGCCCUCGGUGCCUCCGGCCAACGCAUGGUCGUCUUCCUUAUCUCGGUCCUUGCCCUCAAGCUUCAGCCCGAGCCGACCGACUCGCCGCACACCUCGACCUCGUCCCGCCUCGACCUCGCUCUCGGCGGCCUCGAGCCGCUCGCCGCCGCUCCGGGCUCUGACGACGACAACGGCAACGAGCUCAGCGCCGUCGCCGCAGCGCCGCCGCUUCCGCCACUCUCGCGCACCCGCUCGCACUCUGCUGGCUCGGACGACGACGACCUUCCUGAGCUCGACGACACCAACUCUAUCUACACCGACGACCACACGUACUCGGACGCAGGCGUGGUCUCGCGCCAGUACCUGCUUCCCGCCGACCGGCCAGCCGCGAGCUCCUUUGACGCCGGCGAUCUCUCCGACGACGACCGGCCCGACGUUGAGCUCUCCGACUCGGACGACGACGACGACGCUGCCGACGACUCGUCGCGCACCGUCCGCUUCUCCGUCCUCCGCACCCUCGGCGACUUUGUCAAGCUCGACGCCGCUUGCAAGGCCUCCUUCCCCGACCACGAGCCCCUCCCGACCCGCCUCAUCCGCCCCUCCUCGCAGCCGCAGACCAUCGAAGAGCAGCGCCAGGCGCUCUCGGUCUUUCUUUCGGCCCUCGUCCCGCGCGAGGCCGGCGACUCGACAGAGAACGAGCUCGCCUGUGCCUUUGCCCAGCAGCAGACCCUCGCGGACACCCUCUUCCUCUCCAACACCAAGCGUCCCGAGCUCAAGCUUCGCUUGCCGGCCGCCAAGGGCACCAAGGGUGCCGCCCCGCAAAUCCUUCACGAGGCACCCGUUGCCCGCUCGCUGUGGGAGACAUUCUGGCGCGAGGAGUGGGCCGUCCUCACUCCUGCUCGCCUCGCCUUUUACAGCGCUCGCUCGCGCAAGCCGCUGCAGACCAUCGCACUGGGCGAGGUCAUGGCUGUCACCGCCGUCGACGAGGACGACAUGCCUUUUGGCUCGCUGCACUUUUUCCAGAUCGAGACUCCCGGCCGCCUCUUCUACAUGUGUAUGCGGUCACAGGCCUCACGUGAUGCCUUUGUCCACGCCGUCGCCAUGGCCUGCGCCGCCCUCGUCGCCCGCGACGCAGUGCCUGCCCCCCGCCUGGCCUCCCCUGCCACAGGCCCCGCGCCUGCGCCCACGCCCGACCUUUCGCGCUCGCCGUCGAUGACCAUCUUUGCCGAAGCCACCGGCGACGAUGCGCCAGUAGACUCGGCCGCCGCCGCUGCAAGCUUACCGCCUCGUGCCGUCGGCGACGAAGUCGCCUCAGAAGACGCCACCGCCCCGCUCGGCUGGGAAGCCGCAGGCUCGCCCGCCGCCCGCGACGCCGCGUCAACCGGCUACGUCUUUAAGGCCCCGCGCAAGGACUCGAAGCGCCAGCGCGUUGUCCUCAACGCCCGCAAAAUGGCCUUCCGCCCACUCCCCGCCGACGGCCCGUCGGCCCUCGCCAUCGUAGAGUCGCUCCUCCGCACCGUCGCCACCCUCCGCCCAGACUCGCGGACCGAAGAGAUUACCUCGUUCCUCGACUCGACGGCAGACCUCAAGCUUGUCGAGCUCACCGACCUCGAUGAGAACCAGCGGCUCGCCUUCUUCCUCAACCUCUUCCACACCCUCCUCCAGCACGCCCUCCUCGUCAUGGGCCACCCGUCGUCGGCCCUCUCCCGCAAAUCAUUCUACAACCGCGCCUCCUACGAGGUUGCUGGUUACGUCCUCUCGCUCUCGGAGAUCCAGCACUCGGUCCUCCGCGCAGGCAUGGCCCGGCCCAAGAAGAUCUACGACUUUUUCAUCCCAAAGUUUGGCCAGAAAAGGCUCAAGCUCAACAGGAACAAGGGCUACCCGUUUGCCCUCUCCAUCCGCGAUGCCCGCGUCAACUACGCCAUCAACCUCGGCACCCGCUCAUCGCUGCCCUGGAUCCUCGUCUACACCCCAGCCGCACUCGACGAGCAGCUCGACUACGUCGCCUCGUGCCACGUCAACGCCUUUGUCGAGCUCAACGAGGCAAAGUCCGCCAUCAUUCUCCCGCGCGUCUGCCAGUGGUACGCCAAGGACUUUGACCACGCCGCACGCUCCAAGCUCGCUGUCAAGUAUGGCAUCCUGCGCCAGGUGGCUCGCUACCUCGACGAGGACCCCUACGCUCGCCUUCGCCGCCUCCUCGACGCCGGCUCGGAAUGCUCCAUCAAAUACGCGCCCUUUGACUGGACGUACUGGGAUGGCCUCCGCCUCGUCGACGAGCAGGCUCUCGCGCCCGACGCCUGACCUCGCUCCUCCCACACCCGCUUCCCGCGGCCGCCAAAUAAGACGUGCGUUUAACGCCGGCCAAGCAGAGGCAAAUCGAGCCGGGAAAAGACAAAGAGAGAAAGAGG